AACUAGGACUCUGGGAUAUGUAGUCACAGUUCAGAUUUUUCUCCUUCGUGUAGCCAAAAAUAUCAAAUUAAUGUUCUAAGUCGAGCAGACUGUCCUUACCAGGAGGCACUAAGCCUACUUGGGUUGACAACCAACAUGAAGAUACACAUAUGGCUUCAGAAUACAUCAUACUGCGCUCAGCAAACCAUGCAGGAUGAUUUACUGAUGGACAAAAGCAAAGCUCAGCCCCACCAGCAAGACCCAACAAACGUAGACCCUCCUUCUACCCCGACCCCCUCAUCGGAAACCCCAACCUCGGAGGAGAGUCCAUCGAGUGUGACUAACCAAGCACCCUGCGCUCAAAACAACAAAGAGAAAGUACCGAUGGAGUCGCCGAUCCUGCCGGGGUUGAGCUUUCAUCAGCCGCAGGAGACCGGUGGCACCUCCUUGUCCCCAUCAUUUGGUAGCACUUGGUCUACUGGAACCACGAACACCGUAGACGAUAGUUUUUUUCAAGGAAUACCAUCAGUUAAUGGGACUAUGCUUUUUCAAAAUUUCCCACACCAUGUCAACCCGGUUUUCGGAGGGAAUUUUUCACCACAGAUUGGAUUGGCACAGUCACCGCACCAACAGCAGCAAGCACAGCAACAGCAGCCCCAGCAGAGGAGGUCUCCUGUUAGUCCCAGCCAUGCCUCUUUCCCCCAGAGAAACGCAUACAGUCACCAGACCGUCAUGAACAGCAAGGCUUCGUCGUCUUCUGCGUCGUCGUCAGCAUGGAAUAACCACCAGAACGCACCGUGGAGCACAGGCUCCAAUCCCUGGAGCGGGCUCCAGGCAGGCAGGGACCCACGGAGAGCGGUGGGAGUCGGUGUUGGGGUGGGGGUCGGUGUCGGGGUGCCGUCUCCCCUCAAUCCUAUCUCCCCGAUGAAAAAGCCCUAUCCGAGCAACGUCAUUGCACCUCCGAAAUUUCCCCGUCCUGGUCCCCUGACCCCUAAGUCUUGGAUGGAAGACAACGCCUUUAGGACAGACAACAGCAACAAUAUGCUACCUUUUCAGGACCGGAAUCGGCCCUUUGAUCCAUUUAACUUGCAAACUUUGGAGAAUUCCUUAAUGGAUAUGAUAAGGACUGAUCACGACAAAGGUAAACCACACCCAGUCGGUGGCCCACCAAUGACUAUCGCUGAUAUUAUAUGGAGGAAUCAUUUUGCAGGACGCAUGGGUUUGAAUUUCCCCCACCCAGCAGCUGACCACAUCAUGCCCCUUAACACCAGGAGCUAUGGCCGCAGAAGAGGUCGUUCUUCACUGUUUCCCUUUGAGGAUGGCUUCCUUGACGAUGGCCAUGGCGAGCAGUCGCUGACGCCAGGGCUGAGCUCACCAACGCGUUGCCAGAACGGAGAGAGGAUGGAGCGUUACUCCAGGAAGGUGUUUGUCGGAGGCUUGCCCCCUGACAUUGAUGAAGAUGAGAUUACCAACAGUUUCCGUCGCUACGGACACCUAGUGGUGGACUGGCCACACAAAGCCGAGAGCAAAUCCUACUUUCCACCCAAAGUGUUUGUCAGAUCGGUGAAGACGCCCGUGGGGAGGGAUGUCACAGUGUCUUUUGGGCAGGUGAUGCGAGCACUGAGGCAGGGUCAGGCGCUGCGUCAUUCCCAGAAGCCUCGGCGGCAGCCAUCCAUGCGUCAGAGUAGGGAAGCUAUUAAGGUCUGCCUGGAAAUAGCUGACAUUCUUCAGGCAGAUGGUUAUGCCUUCCUGCUCUUCCAGGAGGAGUCUUCAGUUCAGGCCCUGAUCGAUGCCUGCAUUGAGGAGGACCAGAAGCUCUACCUGUGUGUCUCCAGUCCCACCAUCAAAGACAAACCGGUCCAAAUCCGCCCCUGGAACCUGAGCGACAGUGACUAUGUGAUGGACGGAUCACAGCCACUUGACCCUCGGAAAACCAUUUUUGUUGGCGGGGUCCCACGACCUCUUCGUGCAGUGGAAUUGGCUAUGAUCAUGGAUAGGCUGUAUGGAGGUGUGUGUUACGCUGGUAUUGACACUGACCCGGAGCUGAAGUACCCCAAAGGGGCAGGCCGUGUGGCCUUCUCCAAUCAGCAGAGCUACAUCGCUGCAAUCAGCGCCCGAUUCGUCCAGCUGCAGCACAAUGACAUUGACAAGCGGGUGGAGGUGAAGCCCUACGUCCUGGACGACCAGAUGUGUGACGAGUGCCAGGGGGCGCGCUGCGGAGGCAAGUUCGCCCCCUUCUUCUGUGCCAACGUCACUUGCCUCCAGUACUACUGCGAGUACUGCUGGGCGAGCAUCCACUCGCGCGCCGGCCGUGAGUUUCACAAGCCCCUGGUCAAGGAGGGGGGCGACCGGCCUCGCCACGUGUCCUUUCGCUGGAGCUGAUGGGUGGGGGGGGGUCGUUAGAGACAGACCUGCCCCCCCAUUGCCCCGGAGCCCAGCUAGAUGCCCCAUCAUCCCACCCACCCCAGCAAACCACCCCCACUUCUGUCCCCUCCAGUGUCCAACCCAUUGACCCACUCGCUCAGCACCCUAUUCGCCUCUACCAACCUCCUCCAUCAUAACCACAAAAUCAACAACCACGAAUACAUGGGUCUUUUUAAAAUCCUUUAAAAAAAAAAACUUUUUUUGUUUGUUUUGGUUCCAUUUUUUUAAAGAAAUAAUGCAGUUUCAAUGCUCUUAAAAUGUUGUCCAGUGUUUGGUUUGUAAUAGAUAAAAAAAAAAUAAGAACUAAGCAGAUUAUUAAAAAAUAAGACUAGUGACCGCUCAGAAAUUGCACUUUUGCAUGUCAGACCACACUCAUGUUAGUCAAUACUUCAGACCCGUUCACCAUGUCUUUUCAACAUUGCGCCCCAACCCCCCCCCCCCCGUCUCGCUGGGUAGGUCUGGGGUUGCUGUGACCCACUUUCAAAAAAAAGAUUGAGUGAAAUUACACAUGAAUAUUUAUAAAUCUUAUAUUUUUUGUUUUUAUAUCUAUCUAUUCAUGUAGAGAUAAUUAAUUUUUUGUGUGAAAAGAGCAUGCACUUAUUUUCAGAAAAGGUAGAAGAUUGCCCCUAUUAAAAAUGACCAAAGGUAUAAGCAAACUAAUAUGUAAAAAAAAAAAAAAACUUAAGUAGGUGGCAAAAAUGUAGCAAAAUUGACCGCUAUCCGAUACUCAGUAGUAUGGUUCAAAAUACCCUAAUUAGAAUAACAAACCUUAUAUUAGACCUCCAUUUUUUUUAAAUGUCAAUACCUCAUACAGGCAAUCAGAUACUUUUCCUCCCUUCCCCCUCUUUGUUUUAAAUUUUGUCUUUGCCCUUUGUUUGUUUUUUUUUUGUUUGUUUUGUUUUUUUAACAAGAUAUUCAUUUUUAGUGUUAUGUAAAUGUAAUGCUGCAAUAGCUUUUGCUGCUAAAUCCAUGAUGUGAGGCAGACACAUUACAUUAGUACUCUAUUCAGGCCUAGGGUGUUGAAUAUAGUCCCAGUGAAGACACUUGAUUUUUUUUAAAUAUUUUUUUUUUAAUUUUAAACAGACGAGAUGCUGGCAUGAGACAGGGUGGGAUGCGGUCCCCUCUGAACUAAUCACUUGGGCCCAGAGUUGGGGGUGGAGAGUGACAUCGCCCCUAACUGCAUGUUUAUCUCAAUCAGGUUGCUGCAUGCAAUAGAGUUUUCAGUAUCAUGUCUACUAUUCAGCGCGGCUCACUUCUUUUGCACAACACCAGAUAUAGACAUAAGACUUUUUUUUUGUUUGAGCACGGAACUGGACACGACAGGGGGAAGUUCAUUGAAAUGCUAAAAAAGGUAUGAAAAUUAUAAUAUGACCCUUCAGUAAACCCCUUUUGAUAUUGGCUCGCUGGCUGUAUGGUGAGCAUGACGAAACCUGAUUAAUCAAUAAUUACAGUUAAGAAAAUAAAAAAAUUAGAUGUAUUAGGAUAUACUUUCAAAACAACUGUCUAUGAUAGGUGAAGUACUUUUUGCAGUGAUUGUUAAUAUAAUUGUGCAAUUUUUUAUACAGUAUGUAGUUAGGUCUGAGUAUGCCUAGAACUGUGAUUCGCUUUAACUGUUUUUGAUGUCCGACAUAGAAGUCCUGUGAAACUUCAUAACCAGUGUAUGUAUACAUACUGUAUGUCCAAGCUUAUGCACGUACACACUUACACCACACAAACACUCUCAAACAUGUCUCUCCCUAGUUAGUUCUCCUUUACUCAAACAAGAGACCUGUGCACACACUUUAGUAUACACGCACACUUUUCCAGUACUUUUCUAAUAGUUCUAACACACACACACACACACACACACACACACACACACACACACACACACACACACACACACACAGGAGAUGAGAUUGACUGUCAGUCUCCUUCCUCCAUUAACACAAUAUGUGAUCAUCGCCCCCCCCCCCCUCCCCCUCCCCCGAGAAAAAAAAAAACACAAAAACAACCAAAGAGCUCACUUGUCUAACAUUUAAACCACCAACACACUACCACAACAGGCUGAUACUGUGUUGGGCCACUUGUUUGAUGACCUGCCUAGCAGAUGCAAGCAGAUGCAUUUUGGGAGGAAAAAAGAGGAUUUCAUUUUGUUUAAAAAAGAACACUGGCUCUAAAGAAGAAAAAGAAACUGUGGAGAUAAAAGUGGACGGUUAAGAUUAUGAGCUCUCAGCCUGCACAUAAUGUUUUAACACCGUGGCUUUGGCAGUGCUACAACAUUGCCAGAACCUUGUGUGCAUUUAUAUCCAGAUUCUUUCCUGCAAAGCUUGAAGUAUAGAAUAACGACCUGCUAGAAAGGUGGACUUUUUUUUUGUUGAUUUUUUUUCCCUUUUUUCCAUCGUUCACUAGGCAAAAGGCUGAAUAUAUUUGGGGGUCUAGGGUUGACCACGUUGGGUAGUUACAGGAUGCAGUGGCUGAGAAGAGCAGUUCUGGUUGCUGAGAAGGAGAUUGGUCGAGUUGUGUGGAGGGUGUGAUUUUUAUUUUUUUUAUUUUUUUUAAACUUUUUUUGAAGCUGUUCUGAGGACAAUACCCAGGGCAGUAGAUGCAGAAUGUGAGUCCUGUUCCAUCCUCUCCUAGUGUUGUGAACCCUUGGUUAACCGCUAAACCCCUGCAGUCUUUUUGCUUUUGGUCACAGGCUGUCAGGCUUAGGGUGAGCCUUUUAUAUUCAUUUUGGUUUCAGGAAGCUUAAAUAAAGAAAACUAUUUUUUGUUGUUUAAUGAGGAAAAAAAACUUUAAAGAGGCUAACCAUGAGUAAUAAUUAUCCCUAUGAAAGUGAAUUCUGGGUGUUUUUGUGAUCUUUCUUUCUCCACCCAGAUGGGUUUUCUAUGUUGGUUCAUUCUCGAUGAAACACCUUUGUUAUGCACUACUCUUUCUAUCUGGACAGUUUUGGACAGUCAGUUAUAUUUUUUUUAAGAGAGAACGAGAAAGAGAAUAAAAGUGAUGCGUGUGCUUUC